CUUCCCGGUCUGGGGAGCACAAGACUUCGAGCUUCCUGUCUUGAGCUCUGCUCUCACUCCGGUGCUGCUAGCCCUGCCGACCUCUGCCUCUGUCCGAGAUGCACGUCAGUAAGAUGGGUGACUUUGGGACAUCCUCAACACAGUGUCCCUACCCUCAGGGUCCUGUUUUCUGUCCCCACAGUGGCCACUGAGGAGAAAACCCUGGUGCCUUAGCCAGGUAGGGACACUUCACUCAGGUGGAGCAGAUGGGGCAGGGUCCCAUCUUAACACGUCUCCUCUCCCUUAAAUCUAUUCAUGUGUAGCCCCGGCUGAGAACGCCUGGUGUGGUGGCUAAGUGAGACCUUGGAGAGAGCAUCUUCCUCAGUCUCUUGGAUCUAUGACCUGGGACAAGACGCCUUACUGCUUUUGUCUGCCCCAUCUUCAAAAUAAGAAAAACGUAACAUCUACAAGGCAUCCUUGCAGGGAUUAAAUGACACUCCAGAUUUGUCGUGCAGACACAGUCAUGCCACAACCACUCAGGAGACAUUCAUUUAAUCGUCUCUUAUUUCUGUUUUCCUUGCUGACUUCCCAUCCUACUGUGGGCCUUGAGGACAUUGUUUUUCAACUGCAUGUCCUCACCCAGACCCUGCUACACAACGGGUGCUCAGGGAUGGAAGUCUUGUAAAGUCAUUUAAUAAAAGGCUCCCGUUCCUGGUAAGUUACAGCAUUGGGCCGUCUUUCCCAGAAAUUUAACAGUUGUAACUAUUACACCUUCUGUUGAUUUUGCCAUGUCUCUGAUUCCCUAGACCUCAGCCAGGCCUGUACAUUUCGACAUCUUUCUAGAAUAGUCCUAGUUCCUGCCCUCUGGCCUCAGGCAGGGGCAUUCCUUUUGUGGAGAGUCGCCUGAACAGCAUCUCCAUCUACUACCUGAUACAGCGGGGUCUCACUCCAGAAUCCCGCAUCUCUGCUCUUCCCCACAUGCUUCCCUUGCAGCCCUAGCCCCUGACUCACCCCUCAGCCCCCCAGCUUUGCUAGGUGCACACAGAGGCCCCUUCAUGAGUGAACAGGGAAAGAAGAAGCAGCGAACAGAUUAGCCCUGUAAGAAAUGAGCUCGGUGACCUAGCAGAUUGGGUUUUGUUUGUUUUCAAAUAUAGCUUGAAAGUCCGACUCUAGAGGUAGACCGAAAAUGAGCUCUGAAAACCUUUAGGGAGCUGCUGAUAGGAAUGACAGGGACAUAAUGCUGUCUGCAGAAAGCUUCCUCUAUGGGCACAUGCCCACUUGUGCCAGUGAUCGAAUUAACACUGACCUCUGGGCAUGUCUGUGGGGAUGGUCUUGAGAAUUGAUGUGGAAGUCCCCGUCCAUUGUGGGCAGCAUUAUGGCUGAAAAUGUCGAGUCAUUUCAAAGUCAAACAAAGGUGAGCGGCGUAGAGCCUUCUAAGGACCAACACAUGGGGGCGGCAGUGUGUUUGAGCCUGGAUGAGGACAGGGGGUACAUUCUACGGCCCCCAGAGGUUUCAGCUGUUACGGUUCAUGACAUCAUGUGCCAUUUUCACCAUGGCUGUGUCUGCUCAGAGGCUGGAGUACACUCACCUUGCUGAGCAACAUCCUCACCCUCCCUCCCCUGAGCCUUUUCCUCCAUAAACAGAAACUCAUGCUCUGCAAACACACGCGGCUGCCCUUCCUUCCCGGUCCCCGAGCCACAGCCUCCUCUCUCUGUCUGAAUCCAGCUCUCUGGGGCUUCCCACACAUGGAGAACUGCACAGUGUCAUGAAGGGAGCAUUUUACUUGCCAUGGUAUCCAUAGAGUUCCCCUGUGGGGUGGCAUGUCAGUUUCCUUUCCAAAAAUAAACGACACUUUGCUUGUUGGUUCCUGCACUCACUCAUAGGCUCUUGGGCCACUCCUGCCUCGUGGCUGUUGUGCACCUUUCUGGAUGAACACAGGUGUGCAGAUGUCCCUGUAGCCCUGCUUACAGAUAGGGAGUGGAAGUUCUGGGUCCUGUGGCAAUUCCCUUUUGAAGAGGGUCUGUUCUCUUGUCUCAGGGGCCUCUUUUACAUACCCAGCAAUGCUGUACAGGGGUUCCAACCCUCACAUCCUCACCAGUUUAUAACAGAGCAGCUGCAGACAGCAGGAGGUGGGUUUUCUUCCUGGGAGUUGGAGAUGCUCUCUAGGAAGACUCAGAAGAAAUCCCAGAGCCAGCCCUUGGUUAACAAUGAGUUUGUCAUUUACUUGUGUUUGCUUCCUGUUGUCUCAGUCAGUCUGGGCUGACAGAAUUGUCAAUUGCGUUGGGUGGGUUACUCAGUCUAGGGGUUUGUAACCCACCCUGCAAUCAGUUAUUCCAGGGUCUCGGAGGGGCGCUACCUGGAAGGGAAUGAGCUAGGACAGAAGAAGGAGGCCAAGCAGAUUUGUCAAAGCCUCCUUUAUUAGUUAGGAUCAUGGUUGCUGCUUAUAUAGGCCCUGCAUGAGGACUUGGUGGGCAGGGCACGGGAUCUUGCCGCGUGGUCCCGGUCACGUAGGCCAGGUUCGUCACGUAGGCCAAGAGGUUACAUUCGGACAGGUAGGCCAAGAAGUAACAAGUUGCCACACCUGGUUCCCUGGAUAGCUGGAAUGUGAGGCACGUUCCACUAAUAGAUAAGUUAAUUGGGUGUGGGGCAGGUUCUCUCAAUAGAACAUAAUUAUGGGUGUGAGGUUCCCUGCAGGCUCCCCAGGGUGAUGGUUCCUGUAAUGAUUUUUAGGGGGGAAAUGGCUCGUGACACAGAACAAAGCACCCAUGCCUGAGGAGGCAAAGCCUAUGGGCUCGGCUCACCGUUCUGGAGAAAACGCGGACUGAGACACUGGCAGUCCAGGCUGACUGAGGGCUGUUCUCGUCUCUAGAGAUGUCAAUUUACAGCUGUGUUUUCUUCUGACUGGAGGAGCCUGGGAGCAUCCACGAGCCUUGAGUGUAAGGGCAUUGUGCUGGUUAAUUUUAACUUUCAACUUGAUACAAGUUAGAAUCAACUGGGGAGAAACUCUUAAUGAAAAAUUGCCUGGAUCAGCUUGGCCUAUGGACAUGCAUGUGGGGUUAUCUUGAUUCUUAAUUGAUGAAGAAGACCCAGCCCAUUGUGGGCAGCACCAUCCCCUAGGCAGGGGGUCUGAAUGGUGUAACAAUAAAGAAAGCUAGCUCAGAGCUAGCAAGGAAGUGAGAUCCAUGUAUUUAUUCUCACUUUGCUCUUAUGGUUGAUGUCAUGCUUUUAAAUUACUUUCUCAACUUCCCCACAGUACUGGACCAUAACCUGGACUUGUCAGUCAAACCAAACCUUGCUCCCUUGACUUGCUUUUAGUCAGAGGACUUCCCAUAGCAUCAGAAGUGAAGCUCGAACAGGCGCUGAUCUCGUGUAACUCUUGAGAGGUGCCUGCCUCCUGUGCCCUCCUUCCUCACAGCACCCUGACUCCCCCUUGAGGACAGUCUGCGGAUAUCUGUGGCUUGAGUCCUAUUUAGCUCUAUGAUAGGAGUGAUACCAUCCUCCAUGGUCCUGCUCAGACUCAUAGGCCCUUUGAGACAAGCGUUAAGGCAUGAUAGCAAACUCCAGCCAGCCAGCUAGGACCCACAAAGGACCUGUCCUGUCUGCUCUCAGUCUAGACCUGCCUCAGGUCAGGAGAUGGGGAGUCUGUGUCUGGGACUGCAACCCAAGGCGAGCCACUCUCUCUGCCUUCCCUAUAGGGAGUGUGCUACACUGCUCAGAAGCUCUAGGAGGGCCUGGGCUGUGGCACAAUGAAGAAGUGUAGAACUCUCAGCUCCUUCAGCACCAUGUCUGCCUGCAUCCCUCCGUGAUCCCCGCCACAAUGGCAAUGAGCUGCACCCCUGAACCUGUAAGCCAGCACCAAUAAAAUGUGUUCUUUUUAUGAGUUGCCUUGGUCAUGGUGUCUCUUCCCAGCAAUAGAACAGUGACCGACACAGGGUAUACAUUUGUUUCAUUUAACACUGAUUUCCUCCGUCUUCCCAGGUUUUUGACAAGAACCUAACUACCUUCUGGGAAAUUACAAGAACCAGCCUCAGAGGUGGUAAUAAAUUAUUGUAUAUUAUAAACAGAAUUUUUUAAUAUGUCAUGUUGUAGCAUCAUCUUAGGCCCAUCUGUCAGAACUCAAAGAAAAGGUGCCUUGGCAAGCGCAGACACAAGGAUGGUAAAGCAGGAGUCACCGCAGACCUUCAAACCAGAGACCUGAAGACCUCAAGGCCUAAGGCCAAUCUCCAUAGCCUGCCUGAGCCAGAACCUUUGCGUCCUGCCUAGCCGUGUCAGGGCAGGUCCUGCUAUGACCUCACCAGGAGCCAUUGUGAGAGAUCCACCAGCAGACAUGCCACCCGUGGCAUCUAGUCAGCCGGAUAGAGAGACUGCAGGACUCAGCCGCGUGCCCGUCUUCUUCGGUGAAGAGAUAUUCACCAGUCAAUACACCAUCCUGAGAAAGUUAGGCCAAGGUUCCAACGCCAAGGUGAUGCUGGCCCAGCACCGUCUCACGGGCGUCCCAGUGGCUGUGAAAGUGCUCGUGAGGGAGAUGCCCUGGCGCCAGUCGGCUGUUUCAGAAGUGGACAUUCUGAUGACCAUCAGCCACCCAAACAUUGUCUCUCUCCUCCAAGUCAUCGAAACAGAAAAGAAUAUCUACCUCAUCAUGGAGGUGGCUGAGGGACAACAGCUGUUCCGUCACGUCUGUGAGGUCGGACACUUGCAGGAGAAGGAGGCCCGAGGACUAUUUCACCAAAUCAUAGGUGCCGUGGGCUACUGCCAUGACCACGGCAUAGUCCACAGAGACCUGAAGCCUGAUAAUAUUAUUGUAGACAGCUCUGGAAGAGUGAAGAUUGUCGACUUUGGCCUGGGGGUCAAGGUCAGGCCUGGAAAACUGCUUGAGAGGCCUGGAGGGGCAUUCCAGUUUGGUGCCCCUGAAUUCUUCCUAGGGGUGCCAUACGAUGGCCCCAAAGCAGACAUCUGGACCUUGGGGGUCCUCUUGUUCUUCAUGGUAACUGGGACAUUUCCAUUUUCAGCACCCACCUUAUCAGAGCUUUGGAAGCAGGUGGUUCAAGGGAGGUAUGAGGUCCCAAACCAGCUUUCUGAAGAGCUACAGGGCCUAAUCAGGUACUUACUAACUGUCAACCCCAGGCAGAGGCCAACGGUUAAGGAAAUCGAAAGGCACUCAUGGCUAAGACAUGAGAGCGCAUCAGCUCACAAUGAAGAGACAAUCCCAAGCCUCCCAGACCCUGCAAUCAUGGCCGCCAUGGCCAACAUUGGCUUUAACAUCCGAGAUAUAAGAGAUGCCUUACUGCACAGGAGAUUUGAUGAGACAAUGGCAUCGUACUGCUUACUACACCACCAGGCAUGCCAGGAGCAUGGCCGCUCAGCCCAACCCUAUCUCAGGGACACAGAGGGGACACAUUUCACCUCACCCACGGAUCCCGUCUCUUUCCCUUUGCCUCUGAGGAGGAGGGCCAGCGAACCUGCCCUUCAGACAAUCUUACCUUCAACAAAAAACCAGCGGCUAGAGAUUGUCCGACAGCCCAGACCAAGGGGCGACAGAAGUGCCACUGAGCAGGACAGUCCUCUCUGCUUCUACUCUUGGCACGUUCUUGGCACCGCUCACCCGUGUGGCAUUGGUGUUCCCAACAUUUAUUCACCGACCAGCAGUCAGGGGAACACAGAAAACAAGAAGAAGGCCCUCCCCAAUGAGCCAGACCACGGGGAGACUGCAGCCUCAGGUCCCGGACAGCAAAGUGACUGGAAGGCGUGGGCAAGGAGGAUUGGGAAACAUCUAUGGAAGCUUUGCUGCUGCACAGAAGAAACCUCAGGGAUGGCAGAGCAGGGUGUCACCCCAGAAAUGAGGGGACAAAAUGAAUGACUGUCAUAGAAAAUUUAGGCCUUCUUCUGAUUGGUCUCUAUCCCACACACCCAACAAAGUACACACAUCUUAGUUUGUGCAGUCUGGCUCUCUGUGGGCUACAGCCUCUGUCUCUCAGGCCCCAGACUUCAGAGGACUGAAGAGACCAUCAAGACUGUUGUCCAUAAGACCUGGAAAGACAGAGUAUCUAAGACUCGAAGCUUCCACUGUAUGACAAAGAAGUUAAUUCCUGCCUCAGCCUCUGAGAAUCACUCCUGCUAUGGGAACUGAUCCACCUUUCCUGCCCAUGCCUGCACCGUGAGCCUCGCUGCUGCUGAGACCUGCUCCUCACGGAAGAUGCUCUGAAUCUCAAGCCUGCCGUGACACCGGACCUCUCUUGGUCCCAAUGAAGCGGAGGGUCUCAGAGCUACACAGUUGAGUUUCCACUUUCUGAACCAGCACUGCUGCACCGCAAUCAAACCUUGUUUUUUCACACGCCGCCCCAUCUACACACUCCAUUCUUGGAGGAAGGAAGGAUAAAGAAAUAAUUCAAGGAGACUGAAAGUCUCACAGUCAGUAGGGCUCUUGUUAGGAGAGACCCCAGUCUGUGCAGGCUGCAGCUACAGAGACCCACGAGUGGGGACUCUAAGCAUCAGGGACUCUUAUUUGGAGAGAUACUGCUUGGCAAGGAAUCCAAUCAGUAGGGACUCCAUUCAGAGGAGAUUCCAGUCGGCAUAGAUUCUAACCAAGAGUGAUCCAAGUCAGCUGGGAGUCUAGUCAGUGGAGACUUCAAUCGGCCAACACUCCUGUCAGGAAGAUUCCACCGAGAUCAAACUCCAAGCAGCGGGUAUCAGAUUCUUGCCAGAGCAGACCCCAGUCACCUGGGACCCUCCUCAGCAGGGAUCUCUCAAAGAUACUGGCCUUGCACAGGACCCCUUCCCAGUCUAGACCCGAAAGCCCUUCUAGGAGCUACUGGACCCAGAAGCCCGUCUGCUCACAUAGGGUCCUGCUGGACUUUUCUUCUUGGGACUCAUCCGUGCCUGACUUUUCUGUGUGUGUUACAGGUAAGAGGGUGAGCACACAGUUCCUCUUAAAUGUGAUUCCCACGAUUCUUGGACUAAAAUUGAUGCUGACAAAAGAUGUUUUCUGCAUCUUCCUCACACAAAUGCGCCAGUCACUGUUUCAGGGAUGGGUGGUCACAGCCUGAGGAUGAGUGACUUCAAGGGCCCUUCAAAGUUCCAUCCGAGAGCACCCCAAAAAGUGCUUCUGAAGGGACUGAGUCCUACGCUGCCUGCAGGGAAGAAAUGCAGACCCAAGGAAGACAUUCCAAGAGUGAUCUCAGGGGAUCUCAAGAAUGAUCUCUUCUGGACGUUGUUUGCAGGGAUUUUUGGCUCUCCCCCAUAACAUUUGAUAUGUGUUUAGGUGGGCACGCAUGUAUGUGUGCAUGCGUGUGCAGGGUAGGGUUUGAUUCCAAGUGUCUUCUAUCACUCUUACUCUUAGUUUAAGACUUCUUUAUUGUGAAAUUUUAGUUGUAUGUAUGUAUUCAUGUGUGUGCAUAUGGGAGCAGGGGUGAGUGUGCAAGUGUGGGUGUGCACGUGUGUGUGGAGCAUGCACGUGUGGGUAUGCAGCAUGCAUGUGUGGGUGUGUAAGUGUGUGGAGCAUGCAUGUGUGUGCAUGUGUGUGGAGCAUGCAAGUGUGUGUAUGUGGAGUUCAGUCAAGUUUAAGUCAAGUGUCUUCUCUUGCUCCUCCACUAGUUUUGCAUUAAGUGUCUCUUGCUAAGCCUGUGCUCACUGAGUAGGCAAGGUUAGUGAGACAGCGAGUUCCCAGAGUCUUCCUGGGUCCCUUUCCCGGUCCUGUGACUAUAGGCAUGGGAACACCAUGCCUGGGUUAUUUUUUUACAGGGAUGCUGGAGGUGCAGCUCAGGUUCUCAUGCUGUGUGGCAGAUACUUUACCGACAUUGCUGUAUCUCUAUACCCAUGACCCCAAGGCUUAGUGACUAUUCUACAGCUGCCAAGAGACACCUUGACCAAGGCAACUACUGUAGAAGAAACAUUCGAUUGGGUGCUUGCUUACAGUCUCAGCGGCUUAGUUCGUCACCAUCACAGCGGGGAGCAUGGUGGCAGGCGUGGCGCUGGAGAAGUAGCUGAGAGCUCCACCCUGAUCCUCAGGCUGCAGGAAGAAAGAGACACUGGAUCCGCCCGGGGGUUUUGGAGCCUCAAAGCCUACCCCCCAGUGACACACUUCCUUUAACACCUGUCAAUCCUUCUAAGCCUGUCAAAGAGUUCCAUUCCCUCAGGGCGAAGCAUUCAAAUGAGCCAAUGGAGGCCACUCCUAAUCAGACCACCGCACCCCAUAAUCUUAUAGUAUCCUUGACUGCAA